CCGCGCGGGCGCGCGAGGGGCUGAGGCGGCGCCGGGACGGGCGCGGAGCUGGCGAGAGGGCGGUGGAGGCGGCGCCGACGGGGCCCGCUGAGGCGCGCGGGGUAUCGGCGGCGCCCGGGAGCCUGUCGCUUGCUCGGUCCCUCCGGUUCGCUGGGUCCGGGCGGGAGCCCCCACGGCGGGAGGCAGUAUGUCGGUAGCGGGGCUGAAGAAGCAAUUCUACAAGGCGAGCCAGCUGGUCAGCGAGAAGGUCGGAGGGGCUGAAGGGACCAAGCUUGAUGAAGACUUCAAAGAAAUGGAGAAGAAGGUGGAUGUCACCAGCAAGGCCGUGACGGAAGUGCUGGCCAGAACCAUCGAGUACUUGCAGCCCAACCCAGCUUCACGGGCCAAGCUGACGAUGCUCAACACGGUGUCCAAGAUCCGCGGGCAGGUGAAGAGCCCCGGCUACCCGCAGUCGGAGGGCCUGCUGGGCGAGUGCAUGCUCCGCCACGGGAAGGAGCUGGGCGGCGAGUCCAACUUCGGGGACGCCCUGCUGGAUGCGGGGGAGUCCAUGAAGCGCCUGGCGGAGGUGAAGGACUCUCUGGACAUCGAGGUCAAGCAGAACUUCAUCGACCCGCUGCAGAACCUGUGUGACAAAGACCUGAAGGAGAUCCAGCACCACCUGAAGAAGCUGGAGGGCCGCCGCCUGGACUUCGACUACAAGAAGAAACGACAGGGCAGGAUCCCCGACGAGGAGCUGCGCCAGGCCCUGGAGAAGUUCGAGGAGUCCAAGGAGGUGGCCGAGACCAGCAUGCACAACCUCCUGGAGACCGAUAUCGAGCAGGUGAGCCAGCUCUCCGCGUUGGUGGACGCCCAGCUGGACUACCACCGGCAGGCAGUGCAGAUCCUGGACGAGCUGGCCGACAAGCUCAGGCGGCGGAUGCGGGACGCCUCCUCUCGUCCCAAGCGGGAAUACAAGCCCAAGCCUCGGGAGCCCUUCGACCUUGGGGAGCCUGAGCAGUCCAACGGGGGCUUCCCCUGUGCCACGGCCCCCAAGAUCACACCUUCGUCAUCUUUCCGGUCGUCGGACAAGCCCAUCCGGACCCCCAGCAGGAGCAUGCCCCCCCUGGACCAGCCAAGCUGCAAAGCGCUGUACGACUUCGAGCCUGAGAACGCCGGGGAGCUGGGCUUCCAUGAGGGUGACGUCAUCACGCUGACCAACCAGAUUGACGAGAACUGGUACGAGGGCAUGCUCCACGGCCAGUCGGGCUUCUUCCCCCUCAGCUACGUGGAGGUGCUGGUGCCCCUGCCGCAGUGAAUGCGUCGGCCCGUCCCCACGGCCUGCGUCCCACCUGCCUCUGCAGCCAGGGCUGGGCGCCGGCGCCACGGGGGCUGGGACGGGGCAGGCGGU